CAAAUCCUCACAGUUUUUCCCACAUAAUGAUGCUCACUUUCGCAGCAUCCAAACAAGCAAAACUACUCCGACUGCUUAAACCCCAAGCCUGCCCCAGUCGUUUCUCAAACGUUCGUCGUUUCUCUAAUGAGACUGAUCGUUCCGCGACACCAACAACAGCAGAAACAGAACCAGCAAAAACAAGAGUAGACGAGGAAGCAGUGGUUUCCCAAGUACUAGACCUACUCCAAGCCACAGAUAACGAUUGGAAUGUUACCGAGCUCCGAAGACUUCUCUUCUCCGAACCCCACCCCUCCCCUCGUUGUAUCUCCUUGGUCACCCGCCGCCUGGGCUCCGCUGCCAAAGCCCUCAAGUUCUUCGAAUGGCUGCAAACCGAUUCUCAGUCUUCGCCGGAUUUACCGUCUCUAUCCUCUGCGUUUCAAGCCAUUUUUGAUCUUGCUAGCCAAGAAUCCAACUCGCAAAAGAAGCUUUUGGAGCUCCUCACAGUGGCGAAGCAGCAUAAUGUUCCUCUUACGAUCAACUCUGCGUCUCUUCUUAUCGAAUUCUUUGGACGGGCCGGACAGGUUGAUGAGGCACACAUUGUGUAUAAUGAGAUUGAUCCAUCUCUUAGAAACAGGUAUAUUCGCAAUGUGUUGAUUCGGACCUUUUUGAGAGCAGGGCGUUUUGAGGAUGCGCUUCAUGUGCUCGACGAAAUGCUUCAACCGAAUGCGGAGUUUUCCCCUGAUGAGCAUACCGGGCAUAUCAUUUUUGGGGCGUUAUCGAAGAUAGAUAAAUUGGGUAGUGGCGUUGGCGAGGAAGAAAUUGUUGGAUUGGUUUCGAAACUCGGUGAGCGAGGUGUUUUCCCAGAUUCAAGGCGGCUUACUCAGUUGAUCAAUAACCUUUGCAGAAUUCGCAAGACAGGAUGUGCUUGGGAUGUGUUACACGCUGUUAUGAAGAUUGGGGGCCCUGUUGAAGCUCAUUCUUGCAAUGCACUUUUGGUUGGGAUGCGGAGGGAUGCAGAUUAUCAGAGAAUGAACUCGCUUUUGGCAGAGAUGAAGGAAAUGGAUAUUUACCCGGAUGCUGUCACUUUUGGGAUUCUAAUCAAUCAUCUUUGCAAAUUUCGGAGGGUUGACGAGGCUUUGGCAGUGUUUGAAAAGAUGAGUGGGGGAUUAGAAGAUAAUGGGGUUUCUGUUGAAGCAGAUGCAGUUAUUUAUAAUACUUUGAUUGAUGGACUCUGCAAAGUGGGUAGGCGUGAGGAAGGUAUGGUCUUGAUGGAAAGGAUGAGAUUGCAGCAAGGCUGCGCCCCUAAUACUGUUACCUACAACUGCCUGAUUGAUGGGUUCUGCAAAGCUGGUGAAAUUGAGAGGUCUCAAGAGUUGUUUGACCAGAUGAAUGAGGAAGGGGUUUCGCCAAAUAUAUUAACCCUUAACACUUUAGUUGACGGUAUGUGCAGGCAUGGGAGAAUUAAUAGUGCAAUUGAGUUCUUCAGAGAAAUGCAAAGCCAGGAUUUGAAAGGAAAUGCUGUCACUUACACAUCGUUAAUUAGGGCCUUCUGCAAUGUCAACAAUAUCAAUAAAGCAAUGGAGUUGUUCGAUGAAAUGUUAAAGGCUGGAACCCGUUCAGAUGCUAUUGUAUAUCAUACCUUGAUCGCUGGGUUGACACGAGCUGGAAGAGUGGAAGAUGCAUGCUUUAUUGCAUCAAAGAUGAAGGAGGCUGGGUUCUGCCUGGACACUGUGAGCUACAAUAUUCUGAUUAGUGGGUCCUGCAAGAAGAAUAAAUUGGAUAAAGCCUAUAAAAUGCUCAAGGAAAUGGAGGAUGCUGGAUUAAGACCCGAUAGUGUGACAUACAACAUUUUGAUUUCCUAUUUCAGCAAAGCUGGGGAUUUCACAACCGCCCAUAAAAUGAUGAGAAAUAUGAUUAAUGAAGGUGUUGCACCGACUGUUGUCACUUACGGAGCACUGAUUAAUGCAUACUGCUUAAGUGGAAAACUUGAUGAAGCCAUGAAAAUUUUCAGAGAAAUGAGUUCUACCUCUAGGGUUCCACCCAACACUGUAAUAUACAACACUCUAAUCAACACUCUUUGCAAGAAUAAUGAUGUGGAAACAGCACUCUCUCUUUUGGAAGAUAUGAAAGUCAAGGCAGUGAAGCCAAAUACCACCACAUAUAAUGCAAUCUUCAAGAGCCUUCAUGAGAAAAAUUGGUUGGAAAAAGCAUUUGAACUGAUGGAUAGAAUGAACGAAGGGGCUUGUAAUCCCGAUUAUGUAACCAUGGAGAUUCUUACCGAAUGGUUGUCUGCAGUGGGUGAAACUGGAAAAUUGAAAAGAUUUGUUGAAGGGUACGAGGUCACGGGAUUGUUGCAAUGAGAAACACUUCCACAUGCAUCCCGGUGAAAUAAUUAAAUAAAGACCCAUAAGCCAUAAGUGAAGAAUGAACUGGUUGAUUCGUUGCAUAAUGCAUCUCACAAGGCGCGGUAUGAACUCAAUGCGAUGGAUGUUGAGUUUUCUGUUCAUUUUGAUUCUGUUUAAUGCUGCGUUAACAUGAUCAAGAUGGAAAAUAUGGAAUAGUUGCGUCCCCCUGCAAAUCUGCAAUAUGUAAUUCCUAGCAAGCUAAUUCCAAAACAGAGGAUGGUUCCAUUUUACAUGUACAUCACCCUCCGAUGUAAGAAAAAAGUUAGGAGAGAAUUUUUGAAUGAAUGAUGGAGCAAAUGUUUGAAACAGUUGUUCAUUGGAGCUGUGUAUGGACAGCCUGUGAUUAUGAUUGAUGAUCUAUUAUGGAAAAAGGGAAAUUUUCUGAAUGGAGGAACAAAUGCUUAGACGUAGCUGUUUAUGGGCAGUCUCUCAUAUAGGGUCCACUGCAGGGGCGGCAAUUAUUUACCAGAGCUCCAAUUUGUUGAUGUAAAAACUGAAAACUAUGCAGUUUAAUUUAUAUCAUUGGAGAAGUUUUGGGAGAUUUGGUUA